UAAAUAUGGCGUUACUGCUUUUGUGUUCAUUGUGCAUGUUUUCUGUCAAAUAAAUAAUAUUGUUAUUUAAAACAAAACAUUAUUAUUUCGCAACGACACAAUCAAUGCGUAACCCGCCGCUAUAACAAUAUAGCAUGAAGGUCAAACGCUGACAUCCUACUUUAAACAGAAGAGAAAGGUGCAAGUUUUAUACUUUGAAAAAAGCUGAAUGAAGAAUCCAAGAUGGCAUCUAGCAGAGAAAGAGAUGAGGGUCCCGUGUACUAUAGGGAGAUACAGAAGAAUGCAUAUCUUAAACGGAUACCGAAUGAUGUUGGUGGUAGCAAGCUGAGACCGCUUACUAGUAAGAAAGUUCCACUGAAACCGAUGUGGACACAGCUCUGUGUGCACAACGGUAAGACACCGUAUUUAGAACAGUACCCAGAGGCUAAUAGCCCAGCGGCUAUAACCCAUAAACCAAUAUGGCGGGCCUCUCUCCGAUCCGCUAGGCACGUGACGGCUAGUGUCAAACCCCAUUACGGAGAUCAGUACGAUUUUUUAAUCGAUACCGAUAAUGGUGCUAUUCGGAUGCUGGCUCCUGAUUGGGAGUCAAUGCAGGAUUGGGUUACGACCCUCCGUAACACACUACACGAGUUAAAGAUUCUGUCGCGCGGUGAGAAUGUGUACUGUUCUGGUCCUGCGCCUCCGCCCCUACCUCCUCCUCCGAGGGCUGCUGCAAGGGAUCCUACCUCCCCUUUACCGCCCACGCCACCAACUCCACCAGACAGAGUGCCAGGAAUCGAACUAACGACCCGUCCCCCAGAAACGAUACCAGAAGCACCAGAAGCUCAACCAGAAAUCGAGCCCACGACGUCAACAGAAGAAGAAAAUAUAGAUAUAUCGAAUUGGGAUGUCCCAUUCACAUCAUUGCCGAGCACUUCACAAAAUAAAGUUGAAACUAGAAAGUCUGUGGCGAAAAUUUGCGGCCAAAAUAUAUGCUUGGACGAUUCAAUGUUCAAAAGGACCAAUAUUACUGAUAGUGAUGAAGAAUUUUUCGCUGAAAUCGAUAAGAUGUGUAGCGAAGACGAAUACACGCAAAGGGUCGUCGUCUGUAACGGGGAUGCUGUCGCAGAGGGCAGCGAAAAUGGGAGCAACCACCAAGCAACGAAUGUGACAGUAAUACAAGUUUCAAACAAGGAUCCACCUCACACUGCCAUACCUGUCUUAGGACCCGAAACAGAUGUAUUCAACUUCGAUUUCAAACAAAAAUUGACGAUAAACGAAGAGACAAAACCAAAUUUCGUUAAUAUAGUUAACACGGAAAAUAAUGAUUACGGCACAACGUUUUCAAAAGACUCUGAUUAUGGACAUCUAAGUCUUACUACGACUGUGAGCCUAACAGGGACGAGUGAGCCGGAAUUUCCGACUUUUCCGACUCUUCCGACUAUUCCUACUCUUCCGAAUGUUCCGACUUCCAAUCAAAACGAGGAUAUCUACGAGAGACUAUGCAUGGCGUCCACCUCGAAUCCAAAACCUUCACCGUUACCAGUGAAAAAGUUGAAAAAUGUUGAAAAAACACGAAAGAGUUCUUUACCAAAUCUAGAAGUCGGUGAUUCGACCUACGAAUAUUUGUUUCCGUCGAAUAAUAAUUCUAGUGUCACAGUCAACGCGGAAAUUAAUUGUAACGGCGAUGGUAGAGUUCAAAAUAAUGGUGGUAGUGAUAUUAAUCGGUUGAGGUCAGUCGAAAGGGCUCGUAGUCAGAACGCUUACGAUGCGAAUCGACCGAGAGAAGCGAGAAUAAUGAACACAAGUCCUAGAAGAGAAAUUAAGAAUGAAACGUCAGAACAAAAUCAUACUCAGAAUAAGCCUAUUUGGAAGCGAGGACUUACUGAGCUGUCAUUGCUGACUAGAUUAAAGUCUAUAGCGCAGACGAAAAAAGAAAAUUCGAAUAGACACGAAGAAAAUCAAGAUAGUAGAGGUACAACGAUAUCUUCGCCGGCCAAAGUGGUGCACAGAUCCCGUCCCGAAGGUCGAGCGGAUACUAUGCGUCGGAGGAGCAGUUCUUUAAGUAAUGACGUCCCCCCAUCGAUGUCUGUCCCCGCCGCCCUGCCGGCGCUGACCCCGCUCCGCGCGCGGCAGGCGGCCUGUCUACGCGCCGAGCAACGCCGCGGGGCCGCACUAGUCGCCACCGUCAAUACUACACAUCCUCCUGUCUUUACCGAUUACCAAAAUCAAGUUUGGAUAGCGUGGUGGGGUCCGUGUGGGGUCCGUGCGUCGGGUCGCGCGGGGGACCGCGUGGCGGCGCUCGCCAGUCGGAGCCCGCGCGACGCGCUACAUGCACGACAACUACUCAGCGCUGCCAACACUCGUACCGUCGACAUACUGUUUCAUCGGGUGCCUUUAGGAAAAAUAUAUGUUGUUAAUAAGAGGGAUCAAGAAGCUCUAGGCCUAAAGUUGGACAAUGAAUGUAAUAUAACGGGCGUAGUGGCGCAAUCGGCCUGCGCCCGCGCAGGCCUACCCCCACCUGGAAACUGGGCCCUCACCGAAAUCAACAAUCGACCUAUCAACUUGCUGAAGGGAGGUGAAGAAGAUAUGAACCGUCUAAGUAAGCAUGGAACAGAAGUAUCAAUACUAAUACAGCCAUCAGCUUUUGUAAAGAAACUACGGUCCGCGCUCAAAGGCAACAAGACUUUAUUAGGUUUGAGAUAAGAGUGAAUUUUGAAUGUAUUUUUUGUAUAUACAUAUAUAUUUUUAAUUUAUAUCCUUGAAUGGCUUCAGUCAGACGCUAGGAGUGUUCCUAAACUAAAGGGACGCGAAAACUACAAUGAGUGGGCGUUCGCGGCUGAAAAUUUUAUGAUAUUGGAAGGCGUCGAUAUCAAUAAGAAAGAAAGCGAGGCAGCAACUAGCGUCGAAGAUCAAAUCUGUGAAAAAUCGUCGCUCAUUCUCACCUACCUUCAAUUUGUAAUAGAAAAACUUUUUCAAUGGUUUAGACCUAGACUAAAAAAAACCUUGUUUUUAAUAAGGCCGUAAAAUUCCAUAGGUACCAUACAUAUAUACAUCGUGACUUUUUAGUCGUCUUACAAAAGUUGUCCACUUAAUGUAUCCGACAUAAAAUACCUCUAGGCGCGAUUAUUAUUUUUUUUAUCAUUAAUUAAGAUAAUAGGUACGAAAAAUAUUAAUAAAACAUUAGAAAUAUGAAACACCCUGUUAAAAAUCUUUACAUCAAACUGUUGAGUAUCCUCCAUCUAGAUUUUCUACGAGACAAAAUAUCGCAAACCAAUCUAGCAUAGCCCACGUGGACUGUUGUCCAAUCAGAUUGUCUAACGCUAUCCUUAGACAACGUCGGCGCACGCGAUGCCCCGCCCCUUUCACUUGAAAUUAGGUGAAAGUCACUCUUACUGAAGCUUAGGCUCGGACCGCGCUUGCGAAGAGUGUUUCUUAAACUACGCCUUGCGUCAUAAUAAUGAAUAAUAUUUUUAUUUUUAAUUUAUAUAAAUCUCAUUAUUUUUUUAUUAUGAACUUUUACUAUAGUCAGAAUUUUAAUUCGAUUCCUGAUUUGACAUUGACCACUGUCAUUUUGUGAAAUAAUGAUACCACAUAUAACAGUGUAGUGAUGAACACAAAAAUCGAUAAACAAUCACUGAAUCAGUUUCAGGGAGGCAUUCAAAAAAUUACGGCUACCGAAUGGUCUAAAUGUGUAUCCCAUGUUUUCAAAGAAGAGGAAAAAAUGAGUAAUCUAGAUAUGUUAAUUGACAAUUAAUAUUACAGACACAAUUCAUAGUAAAUGAUACAUAAAGUAACAGCUAUAGCGACAGCGAUG